GAAAUUCACAUGAAAUUAUGAAGUCAACUGUCAACCCACUAAACUUUCGCCAUGCUUCAUGCAUCUUUCCUCAAAAUUGCAAGAGGCCGCAAAAAGAAGGAAACUCAUCAAUAUCCCACGGCUAGGGCGCCUAGUGUGACAAUUCCUCCGCCUCAGCGAACUCAUGUUGAUGUAGAAAAAGGACAGGCAAAAACCAAAAGCAGUGGCACAAAAGAUGGUGGAAUGAUUAUUUUGGGAGGAGCUGUUGGUUUAGCUACUGGAGCUGCUAUUGCAAGUAUUAGUAGUGGUUGUGGCGGUGGCGGUGGGGGUUGUGGUGGUGGUGGGUGCGGUGGUGGAGGUUGUGGUGGUUGAUGUUAGCGGUCGAGGAACUUGAUCGUCAAUUAUUUUCACAAUUAGUAUGACAUUAUAUAUAUUGUUCUGAAAUAACGGUUCAAAAUGUACAAUCCUGACGUGCCUCUCUUAGCAAUGCAAUAAAUUUUUAUGUUUAAAAAUUUAAGUCACAUUUUUUAAUUGACGUACCCUAACCUCUCUCCAUAUACAUAAACUUUUGAUGUGGUAGAUCAUAUGUUCGAUAGAAUGCGCAAAUGAAAAAAUUUUGUGUUUAGGUACCCAUCAGUUGUUCUUCGAUAUUAAAUGUUGAAAUUCUUUUAAGCAACUUACUUGAUCAUGCGACCACCCAUGCCGUGGUUGCCAAAAAAAAUAGAAUUCUUGUAAGUCUCUUCAAUCUUCAUGGCCACUUAGCCACGCAAACUUGAAUAUUUGGAUUGAUUUUGGUUGUUUUUCAGCUCUUGUUUGCGUCUUUGUUGUUAAUUCCCCUCUAGAUUUGUGUGAAUUUGGCUUGUUUCCAAGCCUCAUUUUGAUGCUCUAAACUGAGUUUUCCUUUUGUUUGUCACCAUAAGUUUUCAAGCUU